AUGGCUGAUCUGCCGGUGGCUGUGGUGUGCGUUGGAAUGGCGGGUGAGUUAUCUGAUUUUAUCCAUUUCGAUUCACUCCUUACCAAACUCCCAGGUUCAGGCAAGACGACCUUCAUGCAACGCAUCAACGCACAUCUACACUCGAAGAAGCAGCCUCCAUACGUUCUCAAUCUAGACCCCGCAGUGUUUUCAGUACCUUUCGAGGCGAACAUUGACAUCAGGGACAGCAUAAACUAUAAAGAAGUGAUGAAGCAGUACCAUCUUGGACCGAAUGGUGGAAUCCUCACAUCUCUUAACCUUUUCGCUACAAAGGUGGACCAGAUAUUGGCGCUUAUGGAAAAACGAUCCCGCAUUCCACCAGAUUCGAAGACUCGACCUCCCCAUCACUUUCUGAUCGACACACCUGGCCAGAUUGAGGUAUUUGUCUGGUCAGCCUCCGGCAGCAUCAUACUUGAAUCUCUGGCCUCAUCUUUCCCAACUGUCAUCGCCUACAUAAUCGAUACUCCUCGAACCUCCUCAACCUCUACUUUCAUGUCCAAUAUGCUCUACGCCUGCUCCAUCCUCUACAAAACAAAGCUCCCCAUGAUUCUUGUCUUCAAUAAGACAGAUGUGCAGGAUGCAGGCUUUGCAAAGGAUUGGAUGACGGACUUUGAGAAAUUUCAAGAUGCACUCCGCGAAGAAGAAGCAAAGGGUGUCUUCGGCGGAGAAGGCGCUGGUGGCGGUAGCGGCUAUAUGAGUUCUUUGCUGAAUAGUAUGAGCUUGGUGUUGGAUGAGUUUUACAGCCACCUAAGCAUGGUGGCAGUGAGCAGCACGACCGGUGAUGGAGUCGACGCAUUUUUUGAGGCUGUUGAAGAGAAGCGAAAGGAGUUCAACCGAGACUACAAACCAGAGCUGGACAAACGGAGGAAGCAGAGAGAAGAAGAAAAGGUAGCGACUAAAGAACAGGAGUUGACCAAGGUUAUGCACGAUCUUAAUGUCUCUGCUGCGCGAAGAAAACCGGCGGCCACACACGAGCCAGAUGUUGAUGAAGACGAUGAAGAUCUGAACGAUGCAGAUCAGUAUCCCGAUGAGAUGGACGACGAGAAGAGUGAUGAUGAUUUGUCGUCUAGAUACAAGGCAGCUCUGAAGGAUGCUGAAGGGAAAGGCAGCACUGGAAAAUUGACGAAAGAUCUUUCACAUCUCGCAGUCUGCUUCUCGCUUCCUUCGCCAAAAGAAGUCUCGAUCGAAAUUCACCACGGCUCGCGCAAGAAUGUUGCAACUCUUCGAACAGUCAAGACUCUCAUCAACAACCUCAUCAUUGGUGUUACUAGGGGCUACAAAUACAAGAUGCGAUAUGUCUAUGCCCAUUUCCCCAUCAACGUCAAUAUCGAAAAAAACAACGACACAGGGCUGUACGAAGUUGAGAUCAGGAAUUUCUUGGGAGAGAAGAUUGUACGACGGGUGACGAUGCAGAAAGGCGUUGACGUGGAGGCAACCAAGGGCGUCAAGGAUCAGAUUGAGCUCACCGGCAACAGCUUGGAGGCAGUUUCACAAUCGGCAGCAGAUAUCCAGCAAAUAUGCAGAGUGCGAAACAAGGAUAUUCGGAAGUUCUUGGACGGCCUGUACGUAAGCGAGAGAGGAAACAUUGUGGAGGCGUGA